UUCUCAUGUCUGUUGACGUUCACGCAGUUGCACUCCACUGGCCAAAGUUCACUUCCUCCAAAAUAGGAUGAUUAUGACUUCUAAUUAUCUUUUAAGCUGGCUUUGAGCUGUUAUGUGGUCACAAUGUCCAAAUACACUGAGCUCUUUAAUCCUUCAAUUCCAUUUUGUGGACAAACUCUCCACCUUUGACACCAACCUUAAUGAAUCUAGAAAGUGUACUGGGAUGUGAUUGACUUUUUGUAGUAUACAUUUUGAGAGUUUUAUUCGAAUUUAUGAAUUCCACUUUGGGAGAGUUUUCCACUAUUUCUCUAUAAGCAACUUUCUGGGGCAGGUAUAGGUAAAAAGGAAUGGGCCAGAAAUAAGUGCUCUUUGAAUUGACAAAAAGGUCCUAGAUCCAAAUUUCUGUGAUGUGGAAUUCGAAUCUCCAGUUGAAACAGGAACUUGGCAGGAUGGGUGCUUGCUGGCCUCAUUUUUUUAAUUGUUCUUUUCUGUCUAUGGUUGGGAUCAGUGAAGGAGAAUAUGUUGUAAAUAACAGAUUUCGAUUAAUCAAUUAUGUUUUCGUACAUCAAAUUUGGUAGAACACAAUUAAUGACAUCUUCGCAUGAGAAGUUGCUCGUGUGUGAUAUGAAUUAUUUGUUUGCAGGCUAUCUUCUAGGGGCUGGUAAACCAUAUUACGCCUUGGCGCUUCUUGGUUUAAUUGCUCCACAAGUCUUCUUCCAGUUCAAGUACUUCCUCAAAGACCCUGUCAAAUAUGAUGUAAAAUAUCAGGCCAGUGCUCAACCAUUCCUCAUACUUGGUCUCUUGGUGACCGCUUUAGCAACUAGCCAUUGAUCUUCAUAUAGCGAUCACAACAUCAACCCGAUAGAAAGACGCCUGAGCAGGGCAAAACAGCCCAGAACAAGCACUGGAUGAGGAACAAGGUGCCCUGUUCAAUAAAGGAGCUUCAGUUAAGCUCAUUGUAACUGUUGUCUGCAGAAUGACAAAAUUUUCCCAAUUUGUUUACCUAGGACAAAUUCAGUCUGGGCAUCGACUUGUUUUGUUUAUCUUUUUGUUUCUGGUUUUUUUUUUUU